AUGGAUGAAAUGUAUAAGUUCACUUCCACAGAAAGGAUCCAGCUGUUGGAGAAGGAACUGGCUGUGCGGUUGACAGAACUGAAGUCUGAGGUAGAAGACCAGGGGAGUCUUCAGGCCACAGCUCGUGGAGCUUAUAGCUCUGUUCAAAUCCCAAAGGACAUUUCUUACUUUAGAAGAGAAAGAGAACUGGCACUAAAGAAAACAUUACAGGUGGCUGAGCCGAAGCCCCUUGCUGUUCAGGCAGAUGUCAUGCAGAGGGAGCUAGAGAGCUGCCUACGAAGAGAGUACACGCCUGAAAAUCUACCUUUGCUUCUGUUGCAGUAUUACACAGAGAGAAUUACCCUGUUGGUCCAGAGUAAAUAUUUACACAUGCUUAGAUGGAAGAGAUUUUGCCAGCACAGUAAGAUCAUGGAGCAACUUUAUCCUGUUUACAAGAAACAAGUUGGCUACAUCAUGCAGGAGUACAAUGAUGCUGUUCAGAGAGCUGAAAGAUUGUCGGUCGCUCGAGAAAACUUUCUUAUGGGAAAAAAUAAUGCUCCUAAUCUAGUGACACAGGAAGACCUGACAAUCUACACAAAGUGGCUAGUGUGUCACUUACACUCUCUCAGGACUGUUCACCGCUACCUGCAGUCCCUCCAGUACUUGCCCAUCUCUAAUGUGCUGAGUGUGGCUGUCAACCAAGUCUCCGGAGCUGGUCAGGAAAACGAAGAGAUCUGUGUCAGUGCCAUCAGCCCUGACGUCCAGGGUUCUGCAUCGCCUGGGCCUACAGAUACCCACAUUCCAGAGCCAAGGAGAACAGAAGUCACUUCCGUCCUGCCUCAACACACAACAGAAACAGGAGAACUGAAACCUCAACUGAGGCUCCUGAUUUCCCAUUUCAACAUCCCAUAUGAUGUGGAGGAGCUAAAAGAUUCUGCUACAGAAAUGGAACUUUUUUCCUUGGUUUCCCAAAAAUUUCAAAGCAUCUUCAUGGAACAACAGAGAAUGCAAACAUUUCCAGACUAUGAGGCAGAGAAUUUGGGUAUGACAGGACCUGCUAUGACUCUUAAAAAGAGAGCCAACUGGAUUUCUUUUAUAAAGAUCAAGCCAAAAUGUGAUCCUUGGCAAAAGAAGCUUUUGACCAAACUAAAAGACCAGAAAAGAAUAGAUACAUUAAUGCAAUUCCAAGCAAAGUUUUUGAAGAUUUCCAACCCUGACAAAGUGAUACAAAUGCUCCAAGAUCAUGCUGAAAGGACGAUCACGCUGACUCCAUAUUGUCCAUCUUUUGUGGUGUCCCAGGCUUUGCAUCAGUGCAACUAUGACCAUAUCUGGGAGAAUAUUUAUGGCAACCUCAACCUCUACCAGGAUGAACACAUGAAUGAUGAUCUUUCAGUGGAACAAAAUGAAAAUGCCCCGGUACAAAUAAAUCUCAACCAGCGUCCUGAUGGGCCUCCCAAGCAGAAAAAAGAGACAGGGUACAACUAUGCAGUGACCCUACAACUGCUGGGCUUGGAUGACGGGACUGAGUUCAGAGAUAGGAAUCCUGUCCUGAUGAAAGGGGCUUACCUGUCCUUUCUCUCUCUGCGCCACCUGCGAAUCAGAGAGCUGCAGCGCAUCUGCUUAGGAAUUCUGAACUAUUUCAGAUCUGUUGAGCGAACCCUGACAAUCAAUACUUCAGGCCUUACCUUGGUUUCAGGGAACUUGGUCCCCACCGUGGAAGGUAGUUCCUGGAUAAAUACUGCAAAAGGAGGCUUGGGCACCUUGCAAGGUCUAGGAGCUCACCACUACUACGUCCAUGCGACACCUGCUAAACACAAGGUCCACAGCGUCCAGUUCAUGGAGUUCUCGGAAGUGGAAAACCAGGACGACUACUAUAGCACAGCAGCUGGCUUUGUCCACACCCAGGACCAGCAAGGGGUGCAUAUCAUGUAUGACGAAGCCCUGAGUGAUCUGAAGGAGCGAGAAGCAGAGCUGCUGCUCGUGGCCAGCCAUUACAUCGAGAAAGAGAAAGGUCACAAAGAGGACAGUGAGUCAAAGCCUGGCCAGGUCCGGGGAUGGGCCCAUCCAGGAGUGGACAGAUUUGCCGUUCUGUUUGACGUGUGGACUUGGGAAGCAGCUCUUCUAGAAAAUAAGCGCCAGCUUCUUGAUAGUUACUUUGAAGCCUACCAGCACACCCUGGACCCUGAGGAGAGGUUUGCCUUAGGGCAAGUGAUGACUGAUAUCAUGCACCGGACCCCGAGGUUUGAUCUAGACCACCCUUACUUCAUUAAGGCCUACCAAGAUGAAUGCACCUGCUUGAGAAUUCACCUGCAGCUGGUGCGAGGCAUCCUCAACCAGCAUAUAGAGCAGCAGCGGGAGUAUGUCCAGAGGCUUUGGCGAGAUGAUCAUCUAGACGUUAGGAAUAAAUUCGGGCUUCCCCUUAAUGUCAUUUGCAAACAACUUAUUUCCAUCAACAAUAGCUGUCCAGCUUUGAAGAACAUUUAUCUGCUGGAGUUCCACCCUUCCCUCGGACAGGCAGCACUCAUCCCCAAAGCCCUUGAGCACCUCCUUCGAGAAGCCCGCCAUGCCUGCAGACCUGCAACAGCUAGUGGCCUUGCCUUGCUGGAGCGAAAGGUCCUACAGUUGGCCCUGGACCUGUGGCUCACCCCAACAAAGCCCGAGGCCUGGUACAGUGCGCAGCUCCAGAAAGAUCUAUUCUCAGCUAAAGUAAUGGGAGAUCCCUUUCUCGUGGAGGAGCUGGGUGUGCUUGCACUGAAGUCAGCAGCAGAUGAAGGACAGAAACAAGGCCGAGACACUCGUCUGCUGCUCCUGGAGACGUUUUCCAAACUUCUAGAGCUCCUGACCCUCCGCCACCGGUUAAUAGAAAUGAGUCUGGAGAGUGCACACUUAGCCCGACUCUAUAAGGAAUUGGCCUGGGAGAUGGGCUUUGAAGAGUUCCAUUUGUAUCUGAGGCCUGUUCACUUCGAGUUUGUAUCACACAAGGACAAGGUGGAUCCACCACCUCCCAUCUUUAUGACCUCUCUGCUGGAGGACAAAGAUUGGGUAGACAGAUAUUCUCCUACUACUCUUGCCUUAGCCAUCUGUGAGGUGGAUGAAAACCAAGUUGGAAAAUUUAGUUUUUAUACAAAGGAUCCCAUUCUUAAGCUCUUCUUCCAUUCAGGAGUGGAAAAUAUGCAAGUGACUCUUGCAUGCCAAGCUGUGCAGAAGAAUGCUCUGAUGGUGGCCGUCCAGCAGGCAUACUUCUGUCACACCCCUGGAGGGGGCUGUCCUGCUGAUGUCAAGGAAAUAAGUUCAAAUCUGAGAUAUAGUGGAAUGGGUCCAACCAGAAGAAGAGAUUCCAGAGUUAUGAAUGGUGUAGAGAGCUUGCUAUUAGCCUCAACUCCAAAAGUUCCAGGCGCCUUUAUUCAUUCUUCAAAAGGAUUUCAGGUCACCAAAAGGGCUCCGGAGGCUUUCGUGUCUAUUCAACUAGAGAAAGUGGGGCUGCGGGACAUGAUGCUGAACGCCUUCCUGCUUAGGAAACAAAGCAUGGCCGACAGCAUGAAGAGCCCUGAGGAGCUUGGAAAAGUCAAGAGAGACGUUAUCGUGGAAUACUGUCAAAAGUUUAACCGCCACAUGUCUCACUACUCUCUUCGGGGUCAGAUCAUGGCACACUGCAAUAGCCUGAGAGCCCUGCUGGAAGGUUUCCCGACCAUCAGAAAUACAUUUUUCAUGGUGGGCCAACCACAGGAGAAGAAAGGGCUGAGGGACUCACAGGAAGGCCUCCAGGCUGACCCCAGCAGGAGUUUUCGGCCCCGGCCACGAUGUCUGUUGUCAGCAGACGGAAAAGUCUUCCUCAAUCUAUGGUUCAUCCCUCAUCCUUCCGAAGUGCUGGCUAUGUUCAAAACACUGCCAGAAGAGGCAGCUUUCAGAGCUUUAAAGCUAACUCUGCAGCUGGUAGCUUCUCUCCACGACAUCGUGGCCUACCUCUUCAGUUUUGCUAAACUUGGCAAUUGUCCAGCACAGUUUGACUUUCCUCUAAGUCCCAACCCUUCCAGAAGUGACUGGGGAGGAGCCCAGAGCAUUGGGUCUGAACUUCGAGAGCUGCAGAAAAUGAUUGACAGCCUCCAGAACCCCCAAGACCCUAUUCAGGUGGCCCAGGCACUCCUCCUCAGGAGGGAGGUGAUGUUUCUGCAGUUUGAUGCCGCCAUGAGGCACCUCAUCCGAACAUUUCUGGCAGCUGGAAAUGUCCCUGCCUACCAGUCUGUCACAGACGGCAUGCACCAUGGGCUGCCACCACUGAGCAACUCGCUUACUAAGAGCAUUUUUGCCUCACAGCUCAGCCUGCCCCCACCACUGGAUCCACGGAGCCUCCAGGCAUUUGCGCUGUUCCCUUGGAGAGCAUUUCUGGAAGAUGGAGGACUGUUUCCAGUUAUAAGUAGCAGCCCAGAUACCCUAGAAUAUAAUAUGCAGCUGUGCCUGUGUGGACUGAGUGACCGUGACCGUGAGAGGGCUCAUGGAGAGUUGGUGGGCAUGCGACUGCUAAUGGAAGAUGUCAUUCUGAGCAGCUGCCACGUGAUUGUGGACAGUCCCCCGGGACAACAAGCCACACCGGACAAAAACACGCAGCUAGAUUGGUUCAAAGUGCCAAGAUUUGGAAGUCAGUUCCAAAGCAGCUGGAAGGCUUCUGAGCUGCUGGAGGGGCCACAUGACACGGUGCUGUCUCUUGCUUUGCUGAGAUCAUUUUUCACACUGUGGAAGCAGCUGGAAGUGCUCAAGGAACACUGGGGCCGACUCAAGCUUCAAGGCCAGGACAUCAACUCUGUAUCCCUCUACAAACAGUUUUCGGAGCUCUAUGAAGCUGACAUUCUCUACCCCAGCCUGAAAGCUAUCGCUAGGCAGAUGGGGAAAGAAGAUGAAUUUGAAGAACAUGUAAUAAAUAGUCAGUCUAUUCUUCCCCCCAAGGGAGCUUCAGAAAUUGAAAUAAAAACACAGCAGCUUCAGAAACUUCUUGAAAAUAUUGAAAUGCAUAUGAUCCAGGAGGUAUUGAGAAAAGUUAACAGAGAGAUGACAUUGCUCUUAUCCGAAAAGUCCAGGGAGGACUGUACUCUCCCUACAGAUCUUUGGAAACACCACGUCAUAAAAGAAGACUUUUCAGUUGUAAGACCACACAUAGUUGAAAAAUUUAGACAAGGAUUAAUGGAGAAUUACAAGGAAGGUGAACUAGAGAUCACUUUCAGGAAAGACCACCUCAAUGCCUGCCUUGCCUCCCUGGGCUGCGAUGUUAUGGCAAGAGAACGCAGCAACUUCGAGACCUACUCCAUGUGUUAUGAGCACGUGCUGCAGCAUGCUAGGCAGAGGCUCUGUCAGAAGGAGCAGGAAUUAGAUGCUAUACAGAGAGGUCGGAGUUCACCUGAAGACAAGGCCGGUCAGGUUGCAGAGCUCAGUCAUGGCAUGAUCAUGGAAGUCACUGCUCUAAAAGCCCGACUCGCAGACUUAGAAGAGGAGAAUCUAAAUCUCAAAAAGCAAAUUAGAAAAGAGGUACAAGAAGAAUAUGAAGAACUAGUUCAAGCUUUGUUUGCGACCUGUUUACACAUAAAAGAGAAGCUGGACGAGAAUCAGCUUAAUUUGAUCCAGAAAGUGUGUGAGCUCAUCAGCGAAGUGAAAACGGAAGGGACUGACAACAUAAAGGACCUGAAGAAAAAAUGGGGCUCUGCCAGACCUGAUGAAGGAAUGAAAGAAAACCCAGCCAAAGAGCAGUUGCGGGCCUUGGAGCAGGACAACUGCAGCCUGGCUGCCUUGGUGUGCAAAGCAAGGAGCCUGGGUCGCUGGAGGUUGGCCGUGCAGCAGACGCGCUUGCAGAGCCAGCUGAGCAGGGCAGAAAAGGAAUUGAUUCAAAGUAAGAAAGAAUGUUUGAGCAUGAAGUUGACGGCAGAACAAGAAGUGGGUUUAUUUCGCCAAGAGAUACUGGCUCUCAGGCAGGCCCUGGCCAGGGCUCAGGCUGACAACGUGAGAAUGUGGAAGCAGCAGCAAGAGCAGGCUCAAUUGCUAAAAGAGUUACAACACCGAGUGACCCAGGAUGCUGCUGACCGGCAGCAGCUGGAUUUCCUGAAAACAUCCAGCAUGGAGAAGCUCUUGGAAGACGUGAGGCAAAAAGAACAGCAGCUGCAGCUCCUUACUGAAGAGGCUGAGAGGAGUUCUCAGCUGGGCCAGCUGCAGCAGAGGAAAAUGAAGCGAGAGCUCCACCAGAUGAGAAGCCGGCUUGCCCAGGAGCGCAGUGUGAAGCUGAACGCUUUCCAGCGUGUAGAAGAACUACAAAGUCAGCUUACGGACUCCGAGCGCUGGUCUGGCCAGAUGAGCUCAUCAGGUGGCCUUCUGUCCCAGGCUCAUUACUCCCUUAGUUCUACUUCCACAUCAUCCAGAUACCCCCAGCAACACUUUUUAAAGACUCACCUUAUGGGCAGUAAAAUAACAAGAAGGAUUGGAAGGCCAAAGACUGUACCUAUUAAACACACAAAAAGGACUGGUGAUGUUUUCCUACCCAACAUGGCAGAAAAUGUUGAACUUACAGCUUUCCAAGUUCAAACAGCUCCAUCCAGAAUCCCAUUCUGAUCUGUUUGGUAAUUGUAACAUAUUUUUCCAAGUUUUAUUUCUAUAAGCACUUAAAUGAAUAAAAAUGAC